UAUAACACCGCCCGCCGUCGGUACAAACCUUCUUCCUUCCCAUCCUCUUUACGACCACCCAACUUCCACUCGGUGUCAUCGAGUCUUCUCUUUUUCUUUUCUUUUCCAUAUACCCUAGCGUCCUUUCCUUUGUCUGCUCUGCGAUAGAGCGAGCCUGUCCAUAGACACACCUCACCGCCCUCUCCAUCGUCUACACUCCACAUACCAUCACAAUGGUGAGGCGGUCGCGGGGCAGCGCUAACCAGCGCUCUGCUUGGUCCAUCGCUUUCUAUCUUCUCCUCGUCCUGUGUGGCGGCUUAAUGCUGGCCUCAACAGUCCGAGCCGCCGACCAGGAGCCGCUCAAGGACGACUCGGGCCGGGAGGUCAUUCAGGGUCCCGUCAUCGGCAUCGAUCUGGGGACGACGUACUCAUGUGUGGGUGUCAUGAAGAAUGGCAAGGUCGAGAUUAUGGUCAACGACCAGGGUAACCGAAUAACGCCUUCCUGGGUCGCCUUUACCGACGAGGAGCGUCUUGUUGGUGACGCCGCAAAGAAUCAGUUCGCCAGCAAUCCCAGCCGGACCAUCUUCGAUAUCAAACGAUUGAUUGGACGCAAAUUCGCCGAGAAGGAGGUCCAGAAUGACAUCAAGCACUUCCCCUUCUCCGUUGUUAACAAGAAUGGCCAACCCCGCGUCAAAGUCGACGUCCACGGUGAGGAGACGACCUUCACUCCUGAGGAGAUUUCGGCCAUGGUCUUGGGCAAGAUGAAGGAGGUUGCUGAGAGCUACCUGGGAGAGACGGUCAAGAACGCCGUUGUUACGGUUCCGGCCUACUUCAACGACGCUCAGCGAGCCGCUACCAAGGACGCUGGUACUAUCGCCGGUCUCAACGUUCUCCGUGUCGUCAACGAGCCCACCGCGGCCGCCCUGGCUUAUGGCCUCGACAAGACUGACAAGGCCGAGCGCCAGGUCAUCGUCUACGAUCUUGGUGGUGGUACUUUCGAUGUGUCUAUCCUUACUAUCGAGGAGGGCGUUUUCGAGGUACAAUCCACCGCCGGUGAUACCCAUCUUGGUGGUGAAGAUUUCGACAACCGUGUCAUCAACUACUUCGCCAAGAAGUACAACAAAGAGAAAGGCGUCGACAUCACCAAGGACCCCAAGACUAUGGGUAAACUGAAGCGCGAGGUUGAGAAGGCCAAGCGCACGCUCUCUGCCCAGAAGACCGCCAAGAUUGAGAUUGAAUCUUUCCACAAGGGCGAGGAUUUCUCCGAGACUCUUACCCGUGCCAAGUUCGAAGAGCUGAACAACGAUCUCUUCAAGAAGACUCUGAAGCCUGUUGAGCAGGUGCUCAAGGAUGCCAAGCUCAAGAAGAGUGACAUUGAUGACAUCGUUCUCGUUGGUGGUUCUACUCGUAUUCCCAAGGUCCAGGCUAUGCUCGAAGAGUUCUUCGGAAAGAAGGCCCGCAAAGAUGUCAACCCCGAUGAGGCCGUCGCUUUUGGCGCUGCUGUUCAGGGUGGGGUUCUUUCUGGUGAUGAGGCAACGGGCUCGAUCAUCCUGAUGGACGUCAACCCGCUUACUCUCGGUAUUGAGACUACUGGUGGUGUUAUGACCCACCUCAUCAAGCGUGGCACUACGAUCCCCACCAAGAAGAGCCAGAUCUUCUCUACCGCCGCCGAUAACCAGCCGGUGGUCUUGAUUCAGGUUUAUGAGGGUGAACGCUCUAUGACUAAGGAUAACAACCUUCUCGGCAAGUUUGAGCUCACCAACAUUCCUCCGGCGCCCCGUGGUGUUCCCCAGAUUGAGGUUACUUUCGAACUCGAUGCCAAUGGUAUCUUGAAGGUUGGUGCAGUCGACAAGGGCACUGGCAAAGGUGAAUCCAUCACUAUUACCAACGACAAGGGCCGUCUUUCCGCCGACGAAAUCGAGCGCAUGGUCGAAGAGGCCGAGAAGUACGCCGAAGAGGACAAGGCCACUCGUGAGCGUAUUGAGGCUCGCAACAAGCUCGAAAACUACGCCUACAGCCUAAAGAACCAAGUCAACGAUGAGGAAGGUCUUGGCGGCAAGAUCGACGAAGAGGAUAAAGAAUCCCUUCUCGAGGCUGUCAAGGAGACUCAGGACUGGCUUGAGGAGAACGCAGCCACUGCUGUCAGUGAGGACUUUGACGAGCAGUUUGAGAAGCUUUCCAACGUUGCAUAUCCCAUCACAUCCAAGCUCUACGGCCAGGGAGGUGCGGGCGGAAUGCCCGAUUAUGGGGACGAGGGCGAAGAUGCCGGCCACGACGAGUUGUAGAUGGAUCGGGCCAGGUAUUCGGCGGGCGGAAAAGUUCGUCGGUAGUUUAUUCUGCAUUCAUGGAGCUGGCAAGUCGAACUCGUGUUCAUGAUUCGAGUCGUGUAUAAGUAUCAUACAUUAGUCGAUGGCUUAGAAUACUGCCAUGGGGAUGAUCGGAGUCUGGAUUUGGAAUGACAUUUCUUUUUUAGUGAA